AUGCUCUCCGAAGGUACUCUCAAGGUUACUGUUCACUCUGCUCGCCACUUGGCUGAUGUUGAACAUGGCGGCAAGAACGACCCCUAUGUCAAGCUUUCCCUUGCUCAAGAGGAGGGCUUUAUCGACCAAGAAACCACUGUCAAGAAGGACGCUGGCAGCCAAGCAUCCUGGGAUGAGACCUUUGAGUUCGCUUAUAAUGGUCAACCCAACCUUUACAUUGAAGUGAUGGAUAAGGAAAAGGGUGUUGAUGAGCUUAUUGGUUUCGCUGCUAUUCCUUUGGACCAAGCACCCAUCUCUGGUGUCUUUAACGUCUUUGAAACUGAAGGCAAGGUCGCUGGUGCUGUUCUUAUCUCUAUCAACAAUGAUGGUUUCGAAGAACCUGUCCCUGGUCGCUCUUUCAUCGAUGAGGAGCAUUUGGAACGUGCUAAGAAGUUGAACCGCAAGGCUGUUGCUGGUGAUGUUGCCGAGGUUGCUGUUGCCACUGGUGCCGCUGUUGGUCUUGGUCUCUUGGGCAAGAAGCUUUUCGAGAACUACCAAGCCAAGAAGGCUGGUGAUGCUUAA